AUGUUGAUCUGUCCAGUCUGUCAAGUUUCAGCAGAAUUUGGAAUGGCCUCUCAACCUCCCCUUCAAUUUAAUCAAAUGCAACCAGCAAUACCGAAUGCAGCAGGAAUUUCCCAACCACCUAGACUUCAACGCCCAUCCAUAGCAAGUAAUGGAAUUGGACAACCAACUGCUGGUUCUACAUUUCCUUUACCUUCAACAACAAAUUAUGCUCCUGUUCCUGCGUUAAGCAAUACAGCAAGUUCACAGUGGGCAAGGCCUCCAAUUUCUGGGCAAUCUGUCCCAACUCCGAUUAGUCAGUCCAGUUUUACAACAACAAGCCAACAACAGUGUAAUCCAGCAGUUCCUGGACAAAUUUCUUCUAGGCCUAUGUUACAGCCUCUAAAUUCAGCAAGGCCACCAAAUGCUUUUGCAAUGAACCAACAAUCUUCAGGUCCUCCCUUGAAUCCUUAUCAAGGUGGGCAGUCCAAUUUAAAUGGAAAUUUGGGCCCUCCAAUGGUAAAUGGAGCGGGAACUCCGUCAUCAUACUCAGGUGUGAACUAUACUACUACUGUUCCAAACAGCAUGGGCUACUCCUCGUCUGGAGUACCACCACAAUAUCCUACUCAAAGUUUCAUGCCACCACAAUUACCAGCUGGAACAGCUCAUUCGACGGGUGGACCAGCCGGGCCUGCUCCACCCCAGCAGCAGUAUAGUACUGGAUAUCAAAAUUACUCACCUGCACAUGGACAGGGUCAAUUGCCACCAGUUUCGGGGAUUCACCCUCAGCAGCUAAGUUAUCCUGGCGCACCUGUACCUAAUGCUCCAGUCAACCAGUUUCCAAAUUUUAAUUCAACUAUCGACAAGAUGACAUCCCAAAUGAACACCUUGUCCGUAACUCAAACAGGAUUUGACAAGAUUUGGGGUCACGAAAAUGUAGACCUACUCCAAGUGCGAAAUAUUUUGCCUGCUCAAGGUGUGGAAACUCCCCGAAUUCGCCUUCGACAAGAGCAUUUAAAUAACGUGCAUUGCAGUCUAGAUAUCUUUCGCUGCACUCUGACGAAAAUUCCUGAAACGAAUUCCAUAUUGCAGAAAUCUCGGCUCCCACUGGGAGUGUUGAUUCAUCCCUUCAAAGAUUUGACGCAACUACCGGUUAUUCAAUGUCAAACUAUUGUUCGCUGUCGAUCUUGUCGAACCUACAUCAAUCCCUUCGUUUAUUUUGUCGAUCAACGACGAUGGAAAUGCAAUUUGUGCUUCCGAGUGAAUGACCUACCUGAUGAGUUCCAAUACGAUCCGAUGAGCAACAGUUACGGCGAUCCCACUCGUCGUCCUGAGAUUAAAAAUGCUACCAUCGAAUUCAUAGCUCCAGCAGAAUACAUGCUUCGGCCACCUCAGCCUCCUGUUUAUCUUUAUCUAUUGGAUGUAAGCCAUGCAGCAGUAGAAACAGGUUACUUGAAGCUGUUUUGUGAUGUUCUUUUGGAGGAGCUUGAAAAAAUACCAGGAGACACUAGAACGCAAAUCGGUGUCAUAACAUUUGACAGCAGUGUUCAGUUUUACAAUCUUGCCGAGAAUUUGAAUCAACCGCACCAAUUGGUGGUGUCAGACAUUGACGAUAUUUUCUUACCGUGCCCCAACGAUUUGUUGGUCAAUUUAAAUGAAAGUAAAAGGCUGGUCAUAGAACUGUUAGAACAACUUCCUUUGAAGUUCAACAACACAACAGAGUGUAAUAGUGCCUUGGGGGCUGCUUUACAGGCUGCUUACAAGAUGGUAAGUCCUACCGGAGGUCGCAUUACAGUGUUCCAGGCAUCGUUACCCAAUAUUGGUCCUGGGGCAUUGAAGCCAAGAGAAGAUCCGAACCAACGAGCAGCCAAAGACGUGCCUAAUUUGAAUGCAGCCACCGAUUUCUACAAGAAAUUUGCACUCGAUUGUUCUGGUCAGCAAGUAGCCGUAGAUCUUUUCUUGCUGAGCGGUCAGUACAUGGAUAUUGCCUCAUUAUCUUGCGUGUCGAAGUUCUCCGGUGGAUGCAUGUAUCAUUUUCCGAGCUUCCAUUACAUUCACAAUUUGCCACAGGUUGAGCGGUUAGAGCAUUCAUUGCGUCGAUACCUGACACGCAAAAUCGGCUUUGAAUCCGUUAUGCGAAUUCGCUGUACUCAAGGCCUGUCAAUCCAUACUUUCCAUGGGAACUUCUUUGUGCGCUCCACUGAUUUGUUGUCUCUACCAAAUAUAAACCCGGAUGCAGGAUUUGGCCUUCAGGUUUCGAUCGACGAAAACCUAAGCGAAACCCAACAUAUUUGCUUUCAGGCAGCUCUGCUCUACACAUCAAGCAAAGGCGAGCGACGUAUACGAGUACACACGAUGUGUUUGCCUAUCGCCAGUACAGUUGCUGAUGUCAUUCAGUCGGCAGAUCAGCAAUGCAUUGUAGGAUUGUUAGCUAAAAUGGCUGUUGAUCGUUCGUUGCACUCGAGUAUAAGUGACGCACGGGAUGCCAUCGUGAACGUUUGCGUUGACGUUUUAUCAGCCUAUAAAGCUACGAUGAGUUCUGCGCCAUCAGGACUGUACGCGCCCUCUAACUUGAGGCUGUUGCCACUAUAUUUGGCUGCAUUAUUGAAAUCGGUUGCUUUCAGAACCGGGCAGAGUACGCGUCUAGAUGAACGCGUUUUUGCGAUGAACCAGUUCAAAGCAUUGCCUUUAUCUCAGCUAAUUUUGUCCAUCUACCCUGAUUUGUAUGCGAUUCAUAAUUUACACGAUCAGGGAGCGAUAAGCCAGGGAGAUAUGGUGAUACCGCAACCACCACGUCUACAUCUGUCAGCAGAGAUGGUUGAUUCAGCUGGGGCGUACUUACUUGAUUCGGGAGACGUCAUAUACUUGUACGUGGGUCGUAAUGUUCAUCAAGUUUUCUUGGAACAAGUACUUGGAGCAUCAAGUUUCCAAUCGUUACCCGAGCAAAUGUUUGAGUUGCCAGAACUAGAAACAAAUGAAUCAGAAAGACUACGAAACUUUUUGAUCCAUCUUCAAAAUCAGAGACCGUAUCCAGCAGUACUGCAGUUCAUAAGGGAAGACAGUCAAAUUCGACAUCUGUUUUCUAGCCAUCUUGUUGACGGUCGAACUGAAUCUUCCCUUUCAUACUACGAAUUCUUACAGCAUCUAAAGAACCAGAUAAAAUAACUCCCAAUAAAGUAACUCUUCAAUUAUCCUGCUUUUCUGAUUACGGUUUUAGUGAGUGAGGUGUGUGAUUGGGAGUUGAUCAUAUUGCAUUUCCCAACGAAUCCAUGCACACUGACACGAGUAAUAGCAAACUGUUUUUGCGUACAUUGGGCCGUCUUUUUGUACAAGUAGCAUCAUUUUCAAGCCAAUUAUAGGAGGGAAUUUUGCGUCAUGCACGAGCGCGCGGAGUGUUGUUUAUUUUGAGAGGGUUUCAUUGGGAUUCUCCCUUAAAAUUUUUUAUAAAACCAAAACUGGAUUGUUGUCUCUUUUGAAGUAAUAUUCACUCUUUCAUUCCCAUUUCCCUGUUGCAUCCGAAACCCUUAUGAAAGGUUUGUCUAUCUUUGGGUGUCAUCUUAUAGCAAAGAAGAGUUUGAAUUCUAUACACAAUUGUAAAGAAAACCCUACUAACUUGCUCUGUCAAAUAAACAAUGUAUUAUCAGUUA